AUGGAACAGGUGGUACUUACAGAACUUUCCGGAAUGCAUUUAAAAGAGGUUUGGGAACGGAAGAAACAAGAGGAGGUGGAUAAAAAACAAAAAGAAUUACAAAGUUCGGAAGAAAACUUAAAGCGCAAAAUCAAGUUGCUCUUAAAAGGAGGUCAACAGAAUCAGUCUACCUUUAAUGAGUUCGAUUUCUUGUUCUCACCAGUUUUUGAUGAUAUUCAAUCCUUAA